AUGCAGCACGCAAAGCACCACUACUUCGCAGAGCUCUGCGACGUUGGCUGCCCCUGCUACACUCCCAACACAGCCAUCGACCUCAACAACAUCACCGACAGCAGGGAUCAUGCCUUCCUCUCGCUUCCCAACGAACUUCUUGAGCUCAUCCUCGACUUCACUGCACCACCAACAUUCUUUGCUCUCAUCAGCACGUGCAAGCGCUUCUAUUCCGUUGGCGGCAGCACACAUUUCUCUUCCCGCCACCACGAGCGAAGAAAGCAAAAGAAGUACCUGGCCUGCACCUCAGUCGACAUGGUGCCUCGCAUCACAGCGGUCUUCGACAUCAUCGACAGCAUCUGUGCGCGUGCACCCGAGUUCGUUCAUCCCCUGCACACCUGCUACAACGAGAGCAUCAACUCGAGCCGCACGAAAGACCUCGGCAAGAGCACAACUUUCCCUUCGACCUACGAACCUCGCGCCUGGCUCUCGGUGCAUCGACUCAACAUUGGACCAGGCACAGCCCAGCGGUCCAUCUGGGAGGCAAUCGGCCUCCCCGUCCACAACCUACAAGCUCAUCACUGGCGCGGAGAGGAUCAGCGGGCUGUCGCCGACAAGAAACGGCAGGGGUCGAAGGAAUUCAAGGCACGCGCGCGCGAGCGAGCCAAGAAACGAGAACGAGUGCGGCAGGAGGAGCUACGUGCCUCGAAGACACGAGGGGACUUCUAUCUCCAGGCCCACCAGAAGACGAUCCUGCCCACUUCCACGCUGGCUGCACAUGUGCACGACGAUCCUCUGCCAUGGCCACGACCCAAGGAGAUCGAAAAGAUGGUUGGGCAUGAGUUGGACAAGAUCAUGUGCCGACACAACCUGAUGCGAGUCUACAAGGGGAAGGGCACGGUCGACGACAAGAAGAGACGAUUGGCGGAGUACCUGGCGAAUCCUGAAAAGAACCAGCACUACAAGAGCAAGCAGAAGCGGCCUCGCCUCGACGGUCAGCCAGGCACACAUCACCUCGAGCCUGCAACUCAACGCGCCAAUAGAGAGGAGGAGUGUGAGAGAGGGGAAGAGAGCGAGAAAGUGGAGAGACAAGUGCCGACAUGGCUGGAGAAGGGGAAAGAAAAGAUUUCAGAUGACGCCAUGAGAGAGGACGACGAGGACGACGAGGACGACGAGAAAAUCAAAGCCAAGGGAGUUGCUGACGACUGUGCGGAUAACGAGGACGACGUGGAUGAAUACGAGUUCUUCUAUUGCGAACGGGUGAUGGAGGAGGCGCGUACUUCAUCGCUCCAAGACGAGUGGGCUUGA